GCUCCAUUUUAAAGUGACCAGGCGCCUCACCUUACACACUUACCGUAAUCUUUGUAUUACAGUAUAUUACUAAUCUUUGCUACCAAAGCUUGGGAUGUAGAUGUAACUACUGCUACAUCCCGCGGCUGCUUCAAACCCACGUGACGUCGAGAGGUCCUUACGAUGCAUGGAGGUUAGACACAACAGUUACUACAGUUACUAAUCAGGGCGAGGGACUGCCUCUGUCACUUCCUAGCCGAACUUUGACAGCAGGACUCCGGUGUAUCGGCGGCGCAGACCCCCGGGAGUGAUCAUGACGAGCUAUCCGUACGGCCAGGGAUACCAAGGCUCUGCAGGACAAACCCCUGGUGCACCUCCAGUAAACUAUAAUGCAGGUCAGCAGUAUGGAGGAAGUGGUCAAUCUGGCCAGCCUUCAUAUGGGAGACCUGCACCUGGAGCACCGUGUGGACCUCCAAUGUCUAAUAAUGGUUAUGGACAGCAAGUACCCGGCGGUGCAGCACCAGGUGGGCCAGGAGGGCCCUACGGUGGCCAAGCUCCAGGUGGUCCUUAUGGGGGAUCUGGAACAAAUCCAUAUGGUGCUUCGCAGCAACGGCAAUAUGGUCAGAGACCUUCUGGGAACCUACCUCCAGGAGUAGAGCCAGAAGCUUUUAACUGGUUCCAAUCUGUUGACACCGAUAGAAGUGGUCACAUCUCUUUAAAAGAGCUUAAACAAGCCUUGGUCAACUCCAACUGGUCGACGUUCAAUGAGGACACGUGCAUCAUGAUGUUAAACAUGUUUGAUAAGACUCAGUCAGGCCGGAUUGACGUGUUUGGGUUUUCGGCUCUGUGGACGUAUCUUCAGCAGUGGAAGAACAUGUUCCAGCAAUUUGAUCGUGAUAGAUCUGGCUGCAUCAACCAGACCGAGCUGCAUCAAGCUCUCUCUCAGAUGGGAUAUAAUCUCAGCCCGCAAUUUAUCCAGCAAAUCAUGUUACGGUUUUCUGUAAAAUCCGCUAACCCCGGCUUACAGCUUGACCGUUUCAUUCAGAUUUGCACCCAGCUUCAGAGCCUGACAGAAGCUUUUCGGGAGAAGGAUACACAGAGAACAGGCAACGUGAAGCUCAGCUAUGAUGAUUUUCUUACCGUAGCUGUAGGACGUCUUCUGUAGGAUCAUUGUCUAUUUCACACCUCUUGUUCCCAGUCCUGUACACUAGAGCCUUGUGAAGAACGGCGUGCAAUACUUAUGUGCUGAUCCUAGUACUUUCUUGGGGAGUAAAUCCAGUCAGACCAGAAUUUUUGUAUAUGUUGCCUUUGAUUGUAUUAAUGCAACGGUUCAUGUAUAUAGACCUACAUCACAUAAUGCCGGUAUAUAUUUAUUUCCCGACUCUUUUAAAGCCUUUGCAAACUUUACCCACUAGGGGGAGACAAAGUUUAAUAAUUCAGUGGUGAAAACAAUCCUGAACUAAAGGCUUCCUUUCCUCUUUUACCCUUUCAUAGACUUCAGUAUCUUUUUAUUGCAUUAUUAUUUGAACAUUAUAUUCAGGAUAGAUAGCUAAAUGAUUCUCUUAUUACUGACAUGCUGUAUAUGCUAAUGUAUGUCAGUAAAAAGGGACUAUCCAAAUCAUUCUACUAUGGCAGAAGAUCUUAAUUCUGCUCCUUAUACCUAAAGAAGGGUUCCUGGACUGUAAUAUUAAGGAUUAUCCUUCCAAUAGGACUGGUGGAGUCCAAGCAACCCCCCCAGCCAGCUGCUUGUAUGGGCUGCUGAACUCUUAUCAAAACAGCAGAGCAUCGGAUAGCGCCUUGUGGCCAUGAAUGGUACUGCAACGCUGCAGUACCAUUCAUAGCCACUAUGCAGGGGCUGUGCUGUUCUGGAGCACAUCCGCCUAUUCAAACAGCUGAUCGGUGAGGGUGCCCAGUGUCGACCCCUACUAUCUGAUAUAUAUCACCUAUCCUAAGAACAGUCAAUAUAACAGUCCAGGAAAACCCCAUACCAUUUAUUUUAUUUUUUUACAUUCCAAGCAUGUCAAUAAUGUUCCACUAUGGGAAUCCUAUAUACACGUCCUACCUUCUACAGGACAUCGGAGCCCAUCAGGUCAGUACACUUUUCAAGCUGCUAGGGCAAGGGCAAUUGCAGGAUCCUUUCCAAUUUGUAGAGGAAAGAUAUUGUAAAAUACAGGAUGGCGGUUUGGCAAAUGUGCUUAUUACAUUUUAUAUAUCAUAGUCCUGUUGUUAACCCUUUAUUCCACGCUGUUCCUGCACUGUGUUUAUACAUUUGUUUAGUACCUUGGAGAUUGAGGGGGUCAUUUAUUUAGACCAGCAUUUUAGACGCCGGUCUUAAUACCCCUUUGCACUGGUAGUGUCUGCUUCUACAUAACGUCGGCGUAUACACCACCUGUCUAAAUCUACAGUAGCUCCCUUGCUGGUGUAGAUAUAGACCAUUUUCUAUGCCUAAAACAGGCAUAGAAAAUGAUGAAUGAGACUGGCAUGGUGGCCCACCCCCUUAGUUCAGAUCUGGUUUGAGGGGGCAAAGGAUGCUGAUUGUGGCGCAAAUAACCUUUGUGCCGCAAUCAACGCAAAAUAUAUACGCCAAAAAUGUGCACAUAUCUGAUAUUUUUAUGCAGUGAAAAUGUUUGACCACAGCAAUUUUCUUUUUUUUGAACCUUCUAGUUGCCAUAUUUUGUACCUGCCAAAGCUUUAUAAAAUCCCUGAGGAUAUCAGGUGAAUAAUAAUGUGCUAAAAUAAACAUAUAUGGAUUAAAA